AUGGAAACACAAUGUCCCUCUACUAGUCCCAAUUUAUUCCAAACCUCCCAUUCCCGUUGGCUCGCCAUCACACAUCGCGCCCCAUCAUCCCAUUCAUCAUUCUUUUACGGCGUCAAAUCCACCAAGAUCUACUGCCGCCCUACCUGUGCUGCGCGCAUUGCUCGCAGAGCCAAUGUCGUGUUCUAUGAUACAGCAGAGCAAGCGCGCCGUGAUGGAUUUCGGCCAUGCAAGCGCUGUAAACCAGAUAACGCCAGCUUUCUCGGAGAGAAGGAGGAGGUUGUCGCAAGGGUUAUAACGCUUUUGCGGGUAAAGAAGGAUGUAGUGGCGAUGAAGCGGGGGGUGAAGGAGUUGGCGCAAGAGGUUGGGGUUUCGCCGAGUUAUCUUUGUCGCGCAUUUAAGAAGACGAUGGGGGUUACGGUUGGGGCGUAUAUUAUGGAGUUUGAGAAGGAGAUUAGUCACGGCGAGGGGGAGAGUUCGAUUCAAUAUUUCGAGAACCAUGGGUUGGAUAUGGCGGAUGUGGGGACGGGGCUUCUAACGCCGGUAGAAACAGCGAGGAAUUCUCCGGCGCCUAUUGACGGUCUAGAGCAAGGGUUGGUAGAGGGGAGUGUGGGAAAUGUUGAAGAGAAUCUGGACAUGAACUUCAAUAUCGACGAAUGGUUCUGGACGGAUGACUUCUUGAAUGGUAGUACCUACGGGUGGGCUAUACAAGGUGCUUCAUAG